CUCACCAACGCCGAGAAGAGAGGCAAAAGAGAGAGGAGAGGGAGUGUACGUGUGUGAUAGGGAGGGAGACGAAGAUGAUGAUGAUGAUGAUAGGGGGAGAAGGCGGACAUCCUAGUGAUCCGACGGGCCAUGUUCCACCAUGGUCGUCGCCCUUCGAGGAUCCGACGGGUGGGAUCGGAUACCACCUUGGCGCCGCUGGUGGCGCGGAGUACGGCCUCGGGGAGUCCGCCCUCGCGGCGGCGCUGCAGAGGUAUUUGCCUUGCAACAUCGAUGAGCCGGGUGCGGAGGAGGAGGAGGUGGAUGAGCCGGACGCGGCCGUGGACGUGUACUCGUCGGACGAGUUCCGGAUGUACGAGUUCAAGGUGAGGCGGUGCGCGCGCGGCCGCUCCCACGACUGGACCGAGUGUCCUUUCGCGCACCCGGGGGAGAAGGCGCGUCGCCGGGACCCCCGUAAGUACCACUACUCCGGUGCGGCGUGCCCCGACUUCCGCAAGGGCGGCUGCAAGCGUGGCGACGCCUGUGAGUUCGCCCACGGGGUGUUCGAGUGCUGGCUCCACCCUGCGCGCUACCGAACUCAGCCCUGUAAGGACGGCACGGCCUGCCGCCGUCGCGUGUGCUUCUUCGCCCACACCCCCGACCAGCUUCGCGUCCUCCCGCAGCAGCAGCAGACGCCAACAAAAGCAGCGGCCGCGGUAGAGUCCUACGAUGGCUCGCCGUUGCGCCAUCAGGCGAUGGAGUCCUACCUUUCGAAGCAUAUCAUGUCUUCCUCGCCGACCUCGACGCUGAUAUCUCCGCCGAUAUCGCCGCCGUCGGACUCCCCGCCGAUGUCGCCGAGCACCGCGGCUAUUCGGCGAGCAUCAUGGCCGAUGCGUUCGUCACUGAACGAAGUAGUGGCCUCGCUGCGUCAGCUGCAGCUCAACAAGGUUAAGUCGGAUCUUAGUUCCUGGGGCUUACAGGUGGGUGGUGGCGCGUUCGGAUCCCCGAGAGGCAGCGGGGCCGGGUUCAGGGCCGGGUUUUGCAGUCUGCCAACGACUCCUACCACCGCAAGCGCGGCGGUGAGUGGUGGUGGAGUAGGGUGGUUUGACGGUAUGGAUAGUGGUUUCACCGAGGGCGAAGAGCCAGUGGAGAGGGUGGAAUCAGGGAGAGCUCUGAGGGCGAAGAUCUUUGAGAAGCUGAGCAAGGAAUGUGUUACGGAGAGGGCCAACGCCGCUGCGUCGACGCCGGCUCCCGACGUCGGGUGGGUAUCGGAGUUGGUGAUGUGAUGUGGGCAUUUCUGAUUGGAUGGAUGGAUGGAUGGAUGAAGGGAAAAUAAAAAGAAAAACGGAUUUACGAAAGGAAAUGCAUGGCGUUUGGGAGGUAAUUUUGUGGAAGACUGUAAAUAGUAAAGGUUAAAAGCCCGGCCUGAAGAAGGAAGAAAGAAGGGUAAUGUACAGUCUUUUAUGUACAUAGAACAUGGCGAGGGUUAAGUGUGGAUAGUGUGGAUCUGUUUUGGGGAUUUUGGCUGGAGAAGAGCGAGAGAGAUGAGAGAAGAAGAGGAAGGUGGAAGUGAUCUAAAGCUGCUGCCGUAUACAGCCCACCGUGGAUCUGUGAAAAUUCUGAUUUCGAAUAUCAAUCAUCUACCUCCUUUUUAAUAUUCUGUUUCCAAGCUUAUGAUUCCAAUGUGGAACAUGUAAUUAUCAUGGUAUCCCACCAAUCUCAGUAUUGUAAUAUAUGUCUAUGUUCAGCUAA